AUGCCUACUUCUCCCAAAGAGUACGAUGUAUUCAUUAGCUUUAGGGGAGAGGAUACACGUAAAACUUUCACUGCCCAGCUUGAUGAUGCUCUUAAAGAUAAAGGUAUUAUUACAUACAUUGAUUAUAUGCUUAAGAAAGGAGAUGAAGUUGGACCUUCUCUUGCCAAAGCAAUCAAGGACUCACAUAUCUCUCUUGUGGUUUUCUCAGAAAACUAUGCAACCUCAAAGUGGUGCUUGGAUGAACUCCUCCAUAUACUCCAAUGCAGAGAACUUCAUGGACAGGUAGUUAUACCUGUGUUCUGUGACGUAGAUCCAUCACAUGUACGUCAUCAGAAAGAGAGUUAUCAGAAAGCAUUUGCAAAAUACACGAGAGAACUAGCCAGCAGUAAAUCUCAUAUAGACAAAGUGUUGGAGUGGAAAGCUGCUCUCUCUUCAGCCGCCAAUAUAUCUGGAUGGGACUCUCGCAAAUAUUGGAAUUAUUCUCAAGUCAUCCGCGAAAUUGUGAAAGAUGUUAAGCAGAAGUUGUCUCUCAUGUUUCCUAAUGAACUGAAGAACAUUGUUAAAGUUGAUGAAAAUGAUGAACAUAUUGAAUUAUUACUGGAAAAGAUACCAAGAAUCGGAAUUUGGGGCAUGAGUGGAAUAGGAAAGACAACCAUAGCUAAACAGAUGUUUGCCAAGAACUUUGCCCAUUAUGAUAAUGUAUGUUUUUUGGAAAAUGUAAGCGAAGAAUCAGAAAAGUUUGGACAAAUGUAUGUUCGUAAUAAGCUUCUCAGUGAGCUGCUGAAGCGAGAAAUUACUGCAUCUAACGUUCACGGACAACAGGCCUUCAUCAAGAGGAGGCUCAGUGGUAAAAAAAGUUUUAUCGUACUUGACGAUGUUGAUAAUGCUACACAAUUAGAUGAUUUGUGUGGAGUACUUGACGACCUUGGACAUAACAGUAGACUCAUUAUCACAACGAGAAACAAAGAUAUUCUUAGUGGAAACGUUGAUAAGAUAUAUGAGGUCACACCAUGGAAGCUUAAAGACUCUCUAAAGCUUUUCAGCUUAGGAGCCUUCCGGCAAAGCCAUCCUAAAAAGGGUUACGAGCGUAUCUCGGAAAGGGCAGUUGAGUAUGCAGGAGGUGUUCCAUUAGCUUUAAAAGUUUUGGGUUUACAUUUUAAAUCAAAAAAACCAAAGUCUUGGAUAUCUGAGUUGACUGAUUAUGAGAACAAAGGAGAAACCUUCCCCGGUAUUCAAAAAGUGCUAGAGCUAAGUUAUAAUGGAUUAUCAUGGCGAGAGAAGGCGACGUUUCUAGACAUUGCAUUCUUCUUCAAAGAUGAAAACAAAGACUUGGUCACAAGGGUACUAAAUACCUGUGAUUUCAAUGCAACUAAUGGAGUAGAAGUCCUAGAAAAUAAAGCUCUUAUAUCCAUUUCUAACAGUAAUACGAUACAGAUUCAUGGCUUACUCCAAAAGAUGGCAUUUGAUAUAGCUCGACAAGAAGAUAAUGAUCGAGGAAAGCGUCGCCGACUGAAAGAUGCUAAAGACAUUUGUGAUGUACUUAGAAAUAACAAGGGCAUUGAUGCAGUUGAAGGAAUAAUAUUAGAUUUGUCUCAAAAACUAGAUUUAGAAGUUCAAGCUGACACAUUCAACUUGAUGACUGAAUUAAGAGUUCUUAAAUUCCACGUUCCAAAAGGCAAGAAGAAAUUGGGCACGGUUCAUCUUCCUGAAAAUUUUAAGCUAUGUUUUGAAAAAUUGGCAUACCUUGAAUGGAAUGGGUAUCCCUUGAAGUCUCUCCCAGAACCUGUUCGCGCUGAGCAGCUGAUUCAUAUUUGUUUGCCACACAGCAACAUUGAACAUCUUUGGUUCAAGAAACAGAAACUUGUAAAUUUAGAGGCAAUCGACCUAAGUGGGUGCAAAAAGUUGAAGAACCUCCCUGAUUUGUCUAGGGCGCCAAAACUCAAACAGUUGCGCCUUUCUGGUUGUGAAGAAUUACUUGAAGUUCAGGCUUCUGCUUUUUCUAAGGACACACUUGUUACUUUGCUACUGGAUGGGUGCAAAAAAUUGUCAAGUCUUAUGGGUGAGAAGCAUUUAAAAUCUCUAGCGAACUUCAGUGUCAAAGGCUGCUACGGUCUGAAGGAAUUUUCGUUGUCUUCAGAUUCACUAAGAAGGUUGGAUUUGAGCAAUACAGGAAUCGAAAUAUUGCACCCAUCAAUUGGUGGUAUGAACAAUCUUUAUUCGUUAAAUCUAGAAGGUUUAAAUCUAACAAAUCUACCGAUUGAAUUGUCUCGCUUGAGAUCACUUACUGAACUUCGGGUUUCUAAGUGCAGUGUAGUAACUAAAUCAAAGUUAAAAGCCCUAUUUGAUGGUCUGAGCUCAUUAACAUUACUACACUUGAAAGAUUGUUGUAAUUUGUUUGAACUCCCUGCUAACAUUAGUUCCUUAUCAUCAUUGCAAGAGUUAAGACUAGAUGGAAGCAAUGUGAAGGAGUUGCCUGCUAGCAUCAAAUACCUCUUAGAGCUAGAAGUUCAGUCUGUAGGCAAUUGCAGUAAGCUUCAAUGUCUGCCAGAACUUCCUUUAAGCAUCAAAGAGUUUCAGGCUGACAACUGCUUGUCGUUAACGACAGUAUCCACUUUGAAGACUUUUUCAGUAAACAUGAUUGGACAGAGCAAAUACAUUUCAUUUCAGAAUAGCAUUAAGAUGGAAUUGGAUGGACCCUCCCUUGUCUGCAUGACGGAAGAUGCCGUGUUAACAAUGAAAAGUGCUGCCUUUCACAAUGUAUUGGUGAGAAAGUACAGAUUCCAAACCCACAGCUACAAUUAUAACAGCGCCGAGGUAUGUCUGCCAGGAAACAGAAUUCCAAGUCAGUUCAAACAACGAUCCACCACAUAUGCCUCCUUAACUAUCGAAGUUCUCAACUGGGUGGGCUUCAUUUUAGCAGUUGUUGUUACUCCAUCUAACAUAACACAAGAGCGUGAAUACUUUGUUGGAAUCCUAUGUCAAUGCUAUUCGGAAGAUGGAAGGACGGAGGUGGGAAAUAUGUCUAAGUGGAAGCCUAAACUGGUUACAAAUUUGAAAAUGGAUCACAUUUUUGUAUGGUAUGACCCAUUCCUUUGUGAUACAAUACUCAGAAGGAAUGAAAGAAAGGUUUCUUUUAAAUUUUGUAUUACAACUUAUACAACUAGUGGCAGAGAACUUGGUGACCUUUUAAAAAUCAAAGAGUGUGGGGUAUGUCCAAUUUACUACUCAGAAAGUCAGAAGGUUUUAGGCACUGGGAAUUUAGACAAGGACUUGGAAAAAGAGUUGUAUCAGGAAAUUGAACAUGAGAGAUCAGUUGAAGGCUAUGAUGAGGGAGAAUGCAUUGACAUUAAACCAAAUGACAAGGAAGGCACGGGCAUACAGAACCAAGAGUUGGACUGCUUAAUUGUCUCUAAAGAUACUCAGGUACAUGACAAUGCUCAAGAAAAAGAAAAUUUGGAAAUUGAAACUUCUUCCAACAAACGAGAACAAUUUGAGGAGGAAGUUUCUACUGGAGGAAGUUCUGAUGUAAGGUUUUCUAUCAAUAAAAAAAUUAAGAGAGACGAGGGUUCUAGUGUUGAUGAAUCACACCCUACUAAUUUUCCAGCAAGAUUGAGUGUAACAAACAAGUUGAAGAUAUAUGAGGAAACUAAGAAUCUUCAACAGUCACUACCAUCAUUAGUGAAGAUUCCAUCUCAUUCUUAUACUAAUUUGUUACAACUAAAAGAAGCUCCCAACAAACUAAUCCCAAACUCCUCAAUGGCUGCUGAAAGUUCUUCAAGUAAACCUUCUUCCUCAAAGGGUCAAAUAAGAACUGAAGAAGACUCUUCAAAAUUAAAGAAAUUGAAUACUCAAGAACAUUCUCCUGUGGAUUAUUCUGAAUAUAAGAAAACUCUUGAAGAAGACCCUUGGGCAAUCAUAGAGAAACUCUUAUCCGAUGAACCUGGUAGUACUUCACAGGCUUCUCAAUCUACAACACAAGCAGAAUCUACAGAAACUCAGAACGAGUCAAUCAAGAUGCUGCUUGAUGAAUUAAGGCAAUUGGCAUUUUCAAGGAACUUAUUGAAAAAUUUGGACAAAGAUGUGACCCUUGAAGAGGAUGUGAAAGCUUUAUUAGUUAAAAUCAAUGAUAGAGCUAAUGAGCUUUCUGAGAAACAAAGUUCUGGUAUUACUGAUUUCACCACAAUCUUUAAUGAGGCCACAGUCAAUAUUGAUGAAGAAAAACGGAGCAAUGCUACUCUUCAACAACUUAAUGUGGACCAUGAAGAUUCAAAAUCCAAGCUUCAAGAAUCUAAAAACAAGAUGAAGAAGUUCGAAGAGUCCAUCGUUGCCGGUGAGGAUAAGAUUAAGGUCAUGGAUGUUGAAAUUAAAGAUAUUAGAGCACAGAUUGUUUUGCUGGAGGAAAAAGCUCUUAAGGUUCAACAAGAGAAGUUGCAGUUAGAGGACGCCUUGCUGAAAUGUAAAGAGAAGAGAAGUGGAAUUUCUGAUGAAGCUAAAAAUGUAGCCUCUAAAACCAUACAAAUUCGCGAGAAGAUUGAUAAUGUCAAAAAGAAGAAGAUGGAGUUGGAUUCAAAUUAUGAGAAGCUUAAAGAAGAUUAUGCCAUAAUGAGACUAUCACCUCCCUUUUAG